AUGCCUCCUAAGCGUUCUCGCGCCGCCAGCAACGCUCAGCCCCCGCCUUCGCGCUCUCGCGCAGCUGCGCGGGCCGACGGCCAGGUCGACGACCAACCACCUGCCGCGAAGCGCGUUCUGCGCGCUGCCCCCUCCAACGUCGACGUCUCCAAACCCGAUCCCGCGGCGGACGCCAAAGCACCCAAAGCCCCCGCAAAAAGCAAAUCCUUCACUUCGGAGAAGCCCAAACCGGAUAACCCUAAAACAGAGAAGCCCAAGCUCAAGGCAGAGAGAUCCAGGACAUCGGACAAGGGCAAGGCCCCUGCCCGCCCGCGCAAGGUCGCACAGGCCCUCAAUGCGCUCCCCGCCGCCCCUCAGCAUUACCGCCCUCCUCUCCAGCUCUUCAGCUGGGGGUCUGGAGAGAUGGCCCAGCUUGCGAUGGAUUACAACAUGGAAAUCACCAAGCCGCGCAAAAAUGCGUUUGUGGCAGAGGGCAUAGCGGACGGAAUAUUCGGCGGCGAUGAGGCAGGUCUUGAGGCCAUCGCUGCCGGUGGUCUACACACGCUGUUCGUGGACGAGAAGGGCACGGUCUGGUCCUGCGGAACCAACGAUCUCGGUGCCCUUGGCCGUGUUACCGUAAACAUGCCCGACCCGAAGAACGAUCAAAUGGCCAUCGAAGUUGACGAGAAGACCCAAGAGCCUGUCUGGAAACCUGUGCCUGUCCACACUCUUGUGGAGGAGGGUUUCCGUGCCGUUCAAAUCGUGGCGGGUGACAACUUCUCGGUUGCGAUUAACGACAAGGGCGAGCUUCGUGCAUGGGGUUCUUUCCGGGGCAACGAAGGAAUUGUUGGCUUCUCAAGCUCCUCCCAAAGGCAGUACACCCCGGUCCCCGUUCUCGAGCUCAAGGACGAGAAGUGGGUGUCCGCCGCGAGCGGCAACAACCACCUCAUCCUCCUCACCGAUAUGGGCAACAUCUACACCAUGGGCACCGGCGAGGAGGGCCAGCUCGGUCGGCGCGUUAUCGAGCGCCGCAAGAUCGCAGGCACCACGCCUGAGAAGAUCCACCUCGGCACCCGCAGCCGCAAAGCCGUCCUCGUCGGCGCCGGCAACAACCACUCCUUCGCCGUCGACGAGGAAGGCGACGUCUGGGGCUGGGGCGUGAACUCGUACGGCCAGACAGGCACCGGCCUCGCGGACAAGAACAUCAACAAGGAGGUCCACGCUCCGACGCGCGUCCACGGCCUCGGCAAGGUCGAUCUCGGGGGCGCGACCGUCGUCCAGAUCGCCGGCGGCGACUUCCACACCCUCUUCCGCAGCUCCGACGGCCGCGUAUAUGCGUGCGGGAUGUCCGCCGAGGGCCGUCUCGGCCUCGCCGCGAACGACCCGGCGCUCCAGGACCGCCAGUGGGACGACUGCGUGCCCGAGCCCGUGCGCGUCACGUUUUCGGACGCGAACGACCCGGUCGUGCAUGUCGCGUGCGGCACGAACAACAACCUUGCCGUCACCCGCAGUGGCGCGCUGCUCACGUGGGGCCGGCAGGUCGUCGGUGAGCUCGGGCUGGGGUGGGACGAGGGCGACCCGAACGAGCAGCUCACGCCAGAGGUCGUCGUCCGCAAGGAGGGUGGCUCGUGGACCGCGGUCGAUGCGAGCUGUGGUGGCCAGCACUGUCUUGCGCUCCUCCGGAACAAGGCGACGCCUGCCAUCCCGGUCGUCGCGGACAGGCCUGGUAGGUAG